GUCGGUAAUACAGACAUCCCUCUCGGGAUGUUCUCUCGUCAAAGGCACGCGCAUUAAGAAUUUCCGUUCUUCGUUUCGGCUACAUUGCGUGGUUUGGGAUACAAGUUUGAACUUUCGUCCGCCAUUUGGAAAUCAUCUCCUGGUUUCUCAACUAGUAACAUGCAGUACAAUAACGUUUAUCAUAAUUCUCAAAUGUACCGAGCCCGACCUGAUCGCAAUGAACAACAAUUUGGAAAACAAGCGAAUUACUGGAAUGGUCCGCCUCAGCAACAUGCGAUCGCCCCAGUGCAAGAUUUCGGCGGUCCAAACAUCAGACAGUUCAACAAUCGAAAGUUCAACAAUAGGAAUUAUAACAACUACUACAACCAGCAGAUGGAAGGCGAACACGAAACCGAUGAUAGACAGACUGUACCAUCAUGGGAAGCCGAACUGGAACCCUUCAAAAAAGAUUUCUAUGUUCCACACCAGAAUACCCAAAGUAGGACGCCGGAGGACAUCGAGAAAUACCGAGAGAUGAAGGACAUCAUUGUCAGGGGAGAAAAUGUGCCUCAGCCAAAUGUAAAUUUUGAGGAAACCAACUUUCCAGAAUAUAUUUUGCAAGUGUUGAUGUCGCAAGGUUUCGAAGAUCCCACUGCCAUUCAGGCGCAGGGUUGGCCGGUGGUUUUAAGUGGACGAGAUUUAGUAGGUAUUGCCCAGACUGGUUCUGGAAAGACAUUGGCAUACAUGCUGCCGGCAACGGUCCACAUUAAUCAUCAGCAAAGACCGCAACGAGGAGAAGGCCCCAUUGCUUUGAUUCUUGCCCCAACCAGGGAGCUGGCCCAGCAAAUUCAAAAAGUUGCCCACGAAUUCGGAUCGAACACCAUGAUUCGCAACACUUGUAUUUUCGGGGGGUCGCCGAAAGGACCGCAAGCACGAGAUUUGGAACGGGGUGUUGAAAUCGUAAUUGCAACUCCGGGCCGAUUGAUUGAUUUCUUGGAGAAAGGGACUACCAAUCUGGGGCGCUGCACUUAUUUGGUCCUCGACGAAGCUGACAGGAUGUUAGACAUGGGAUUCGAGCCUCAAAUACGCAAGAUCAUUCAGCAAAUCAGGCCCGAUCGGCAAGUUCUUAUGUGGUCGGCUACAUGGCCCAAACAAGUGCAAGCCUUAGCUGAAGAGUUCCUGGUUGACUAUAUUCAGGUGAAUAUUGGUGGCUUGUCAUUAUCAGCAAAUCACAAUAUCAAGCAAGUGGUCGAAGUGUGCGAAGAACCUGACAAAGAGGACAAACUCAAUGCUCUCUUAAAGCAGAUCGCUUCAGAUCGCAACAACAAAAUUAUUGUGUUUGUUGAAACCAAGAAGAAAGUUGAUGAAAUCACCAAAGCAGUUAAAUCUGUAGGGUUUUCCGCAAUUUGCAUCCACGGAGACAAAUCUCAACCUGAGCGCGAUUACGUAUUGAACGAAUUCAGAAGCGGAAAAUUUUCGAUUUUGGUCGCGACUGAUGUGGCUGCUCGAGGAUUAGACGUUGAAGAUGUCAAGUAUGUGAUCAAUUACGAUUAUCCAAACUCCAGUGAGGACUACGUUCAUCGCAUUGGUCGAACUGGCCGCUGCCAACAAGCCGGUACUGCCUACACCUUCUUCACCUCCAACAAUCAAAGGCAAGCGAAAGACCUGAUUUCGGUGUUGGAAGAAGCAGAACAGAACGUUCCCUCAAAACUACAAGAACUCGCGCAAAGCUCGAGGAACAUUCAAACUGGACGUAAUCGCUGGGGUCAGCGAAACAAGGUUAAUAAUUUUAAACAAAAUAGCUAUUUCAAUGAUAACGUAUCGCCCAACUCGAAUAACAACGGAAAUCGGGGCUGGCAAAAGAAGCCACAAAACAACUAUGCCGCAAUGGAAUUCUAUGGCAACAGACAGGCUAUGGGUGGGUCUCCAAAGAAUGGACCUCAGAUGAGAGACGGCUACCAGCAAAAGCCGCGAUACAAUAACGGCGGCUUUAACCAAUACCAGAACUCGCAGCAGUUCCAAAAUCCCCAAGCUUAUCAGCAGAGUUACAGUCCUCCUUUGUAUGGGCAAGGCCAGAUGAACGGCCAAGCUAGGGGCAAUUAUGGUCAAGGAAAUCAGCGAAAUUUCAACCAACGCUUCAACCAUCGUCAACAGUACCAGAAUGCCAUGCAAUCGGCAUCAUACGUUCCCGCAGGAAACACUCCGGCUUACAUGGUUCCGGCACCAGCCACUUCUGGUGUGCCGGAUGGGCUGCAAUCUAUAAUCAGCCAUAAAUUUUUCCAAAGCCGAGGUUUAACAGGUGCGGCAAAUCCUUGUGCUUUCCAACAAAACCAAGGUGGUCCUUAUGGACAGUAUCCGGCAGUUAGUUAUCCCGCUUACGCUCCCCAAUAUGCGGCGCCUCCUACUGCCACUGUUCAACAGUAGUGGUGCAUCAAAUGGGCAAAAAUUAAUUUCAAAUGGGUCGUCAAGUAUGAAAAGUCUUUGACCUAACGCUGUUCAUUUUUUUCAUUCUUUUGCAGAGGGAAAAGCAAAUUUUAAGUGAUCUGAAACUCGUGUGUGAAACACCUCAAGCCGAUGAGUGCUUGCAGUGUUUUAUUUUAUUAACGAAAAAGUCCAGUGUUUGGCUGUUUGAAUAACCGUCAACUAAACAUGGGUCUUGGUAAAAAUAAUUAUUCAAAACAUAUUUGGUGUUAGUAUUAGCUCUUCUCAGUAUUGUCCAGGUGAAUAUAAUUGCCAGUUGAUAGCAUAUUGUUCCUUUCAAUGAAUGUGGGAUUGAUGCAGAGCUACUAUGUGGAUUUGCUUGAUGCAGAGCUACCACAUCUGAUCAAUAAGUUCGAUGUAGAUCUUCAGUUCAUACAAACGGCGCCCAUUUUAAUUACUUAUGCUUUUAGAAUGUAUUUCAAUUUAAUUUUUGCUUGCGGUUUAUUUUUUUUUUGCUUUAAGAACGGUAUUUCGUAUGUCUAAGUUGAAUGUUAACAGUUUAUCAAAGAACUCAAUACUUCGGAUGCCUGUAGGACUAAUGUCUCCUAAUAUUUCACAAAGGAGGUUGUACUUUUACAUCAUUCCAUCUGUUUUUCGACUUUUGCAGCUAAGCGAAUGCUCAAUGCCAGCUCCUCGCUCUAGCAAUCUUUGAUAUAAUUCCAACGUUUAACAUUUCUCUCUUAUAUAGAAAAUUCCAGUUUAUUUCUUUAAUCAUUUGCUACCCGGAUCAUUUGGGAUUUUGGAAUAAGACUUUAAGGCUAAUUAACUGUUUCCUUAAUUAGGAAAUGAACUGGAAUUUGAUUAAUGUGUGAGUUAGAUGUAGUUAACUUUCUGUAUGCCACUGAAAUGCACGAAACAUAUAGAAGGGGAGUUUCGGCUAUUUUAUUAUAUAGUAUUUAAAAAUGAUACAUAAUAUUAUAUUGAUGCUAUGCGGUGCUAAUAACGUACCAGGAUCCUAGUGAAAUGACUCAAGCAGGACUAAAUCGCAGUAUUCACUUAUCUAAUGAUUUCUACUUAACGGUCGAUAUCGUUUUAUGUUAAUUAGGUAGCAAAAUUACUUCUCUAAGUUCUCUUUUAAAUUGAACUACAAAAAUCGAUUUUAGUCAUUUUCCAAGCAGUUCAGCAAAUUAACCAGGAAAAUUUGUGAUUAUUGUUAUUAGAUGUCAGGUGGAACGUAAAACUAUUUAUCAAAACCAACAAAUAACUAUGCUGACUGUCCGGAAUUAGUCAAAGAGUGAUAGACAUUUUUUUUAAGAGAUUUUUUAUUUAUUUUUUUUACAAAUUUUUAUCAUUUUUGGGUUGCUUAUUCGUUAGUCUUUACCUAAAACUGUUUUUAUAUUCCUUGUUUUGUUUCUAUUAAACUCUACAAUACUUUAUUUAUGGAUACAAUACAUUUUGUCGCAAUGCUAGGUUUGUAAUGGUUUUCUCGAAUCACUGAUAAUCCGGGAGUUUGCUCGUUAAUCUUUUUGGAACGGGAUAAAAAGAGGAUCUUCAGAACUGCUAGUGUCGUGUAAAUAUAUGUAGUUUUAAGUAUUUAAUAUCUCGUUUGUCGUUUGUAGGCGUGGUGCUAAAUUAGCUCGCAAUCAUGUAAAUCUAGCCGUUUUCUUGGUAUGGAGGUAUCAACCAUUGAAACAUGUACUUCGUCCGGUUCUCUUGAAACGCGUUAGGUUUUGCCAUUAGCAAUUAGCUCACGGUGUCAUCUGUGAUAUCUUAGUGAGUAAAGGUAGCAAAGAAUAAUAAUAUUAACUGUUCCGAGUAACAAAGAGGGCGUUACAUUUUUUUAACAAUUUAAACAAAACUUGUGAUAUUUAUUCCCAAUCGAAGACUGACUUAACUAUUUACUAGACAUAUACCAUUUUUAAUUGCUGUAUCGAAUUGUUUUGUUUACACAGCAUACUGUCCUGUGGGCCAGACUUUUGGGUAUUGACGUGGUUUCAUACAGCUCAAAGGGUGAAUAAUUUAAUUGCAUCAGUCAGGGUAAAAAAGAUACAAAAGUACAUUAUAUUUUGAGAGAUAAUGUCUACAUAGUUAGGAAGUUAGGGUUGUCGUUUUUUGGCCUAUAGACUAUCGUAUUGUAAAAGAAUAUUAAAGUUUUAACGUACCUCAUCUUCGGACUUGCGUGCAUCAAAAAUGGUUCACAUUCACAUGCACCCAGACAAGUUAUUUCAUUAUUCUGUGAUGUUAUCGAUCAGCGCCAUUGCGUCGUAACGAUUAACGAUUUUCCAUGUAUGUGAUUUAUUUCAUUUAUUUAAAGGCAUAUUUUGAUAAUUUCAAAUAGUACCUUAAAACCAAAAUAAUAUACGAAAUCGUAAAUAUGUUUAAAACAGCCACUCCUGAUCUUAUAUCUGAAGAAUCGAUCAGCUGUUUUGGGUCUCAAUAGUGACUCAGACCUGUUUAUGUUACUGAAAAAACCGGAGUUUCCACUCUGAGUGAGAUACGUGAUAUAAGUUUUAUCAAAGAUACUCUUCUGUAAGUUUCAAUAGAAGUGCAUUUCUUGUAUGUAAUACAGUAUUAUACUAACCUAGACAUGUAAAUUAAAACUUAAUUUUUCGUUUAGAUUGUUUUGUUAUUUUAUUUUUAAAUUUUGAUGUAGAAUGGACAUUCUCAACCAUUCAAUAAAAAUAAACUGCUAAUUUAUGAUAA